AUGAAAGCAACUGGUGUUUUUCUGCUCCUCUCCCUGGCACUCUGCUGCUACCAAGGAAACGCUGAGACGGAUGGAGGUGGUGCCAAAGGAACAGAGGCAGCUUGUGGCAAUUACAACCUAAGAAGAGGUUGUACGAAGAUCUUUGACCCCAUCUGCGGCACAGACAACCUCCUGUACGGCAACGAAUGUCUGCUGUGCCUUCAGAACCAGCAAAGAAACACUAAUGUGCGCAUUAAGAACAGGGGAAUGUGCCAAAAGCCCUCUCCACGCUCCGACUCCUCUCUGAACUAG